AGCCGCUGUGACUUCUCGGUUUCCGGGGCGGAGCUUCCUCCUCUUUCGUGUCAGCCAUUACGGUCCAUCUGACAGAACCCAAGCCUCAACAUGCAGAACGACGCUGGUGAAUUCGUGGAUUUGUACGUCCCCCGCAAAUGCUCUGCCAGCAACAGAAUCAUUGGAGCCAAGGACCAUGCUUGCAUCCAGAUUAAUGUUGCCGAGGUUGAUAAGGUCACAGGCAGAGUUACUGGUCAGUUCAAGACCUAUGCCAUCUGUGGACCCAUCCGCAGGAUGGGGGAAUCUGAUGACUCCAUUCUCAGGUUGGCGAAAAACGAUGGCAUUGUUUCAAAGAACUUCUAAAUGAAGAAUCCUUUGGAUUUGGGAGUCUUGUAGAAAACAAUAAAAUAAGAAAAAAACAAA